AACGAAUUAAUCAAUGAUAAUUGGAAAAAGUCCGUGCAGUGUGUGCGGCGAAGCGGGCGAUGGAGCACAUUUCGGUGCUGAAGCGUGCAGAGCUUGUGCUGCGUUUUUCCGACGAAGUGUUGCUCUCAACAAGGCCUACGUGUGCAGAGCAAUGGGUACCUGUGUUAUUCAGAAAAGUGAGUUUUAAAAAAUUUAAAAAAUUUUUGAACAUCAAUAACGUCAGAGUUUUCAAUCUCAAAAUCACAAACCACAGAUGCAAACUUUUCGCCUUCACUUGCGUGGGCACAAAAGCACAAAAAUAUUUGUUUCCAAAGUAAUCUGAGAGCUUGAACUUAUGACCUCUGAAAUAUGGAAACAUCAAAAUUUUUUGGUUGUACUCAAUCAAUUUUCGAUCAUAAGACAUUUUUUUUUCUAAUUUCAGAUGUUCGAUGUAUGUGCCGCGCAUGUCGAUUCACAAAGUGUAUUGCUGUCGGAAUGAGAAAAUCAGCCGUUCAACGCCAUCGCGAACUGUUUGCCAGCCAAGAAACUUCAUCAGAAUCUUCAUCGAAUCCAAGGAUAUCCCCAACUCUCAGCUGGCCGAUGGAUAUCUCACCACAAAGUUACGAAGAAACGGGUAUGCCAACAUUAAGUCAACUCAACGAGAACUACAAUCAAAUGAGUACAGUAAGACGGGUUAUUCAUAAUACAGGCGGUGACAAUAUAUUCCAUCGCCGAGAACCAAAAGCAGUUGCGUACACCGACGCACAUAAUGUACAUUUGAAAGAAAUCGGGCUUGUCGCUGAUUGGAUUAUCAAAUCUUAUCCAGAUUUCGAGCAACUACAUCAAGAGCAAAAAAAGCUACUCUACCGAAAUUUCUUCUUACCUUUCAUGAUUCUGGAGUGUGGCUACAUGUGUUGCCUAAACAACCGAACGGACAUUUUAUUCCUACCAUCCGGAGACUACAUUGACUGCAAUCGACCGGAAACAUUUUACGGUCAUCGAAUCAAAUCCCAUUUGAUUAGUCCGAACGAAGCAGUGAGAAUGUUCGGCCCGUCGUUCGAAAUCUACCGAAGGAAUGUCCUCGAUCCAAUGCGACGAGAAAACGUCGAUAAUUUCGAAUUCUUCACUCUUUGCUCAUUAGUCUUAUGGGAUCAUGGUCUAGAGGGUCAAACAGAGGAAUGUGUCCAGAUGGCUAGAUGCAAUAGAGAGAGAAUUCUUCGAGAAGUUUUAUACUACUACAGAAGGGUGAAACAAAUUAGCGAUCCAUCGAUGCGGCUUGCCAAUUUGCUCGUGCUACUUCCAGCCCUACAGAGAUCAGUAAGAAGGUUUCAAGAGGAUGUAGAGAUAACUCAUGUAUUUAAUGUAUACUCAGUGGAGGAAACAUUUUACGAGUUGGUCAGUGGAAGACUAUCCGAUAGCUUUUUCCAAACUACCCAGUUGACAACAAGUGUGGAAGAGGAAAAAGUUAUCAAAACAGAGGAGAUUGACAGUGUUUGGGAUCUCAACAAAGGGCAGUUGGUCGAAAUGUACGAAUUCCCAACUCCACCACUCCAUACGCCGACCGAAAUGGAUCCAUCCACCACACAGCUCUAAACUAUUUCCUAUUGCUAACAAUAUUCCUCCGCUGACCUCAGUUUUUGAUCUGGCAUAACUUUCUCCUCCAGCCAGAAUAUAAAAGAGUCCCCCACCACCGAAUAUAUUGACACGGUUCAUUGUUCAGCUUUAAUUGUUAUUUUGUUAUCUGAAAAAAGUGUGUUUUUAAUUUUCAGGAAUGUGUGUAAUACCUAUAUUGUAAUUGUAAAUUUACAGUAAAAAUGAUUCGAUAGAACACAUAAAGUCUUUCCUCAU